AUGGUUGCAGAAGCUUCAGUUAAUGCUACCAUUUCACCAGAAAUGUACACAUUAAUAUCAUCAACAAGUGCAUCUCCAACGACCGUAACUAAAAUUAAUAUAUUACCCCUACCACUGCUUAAAUCAGCAAUUACGGUAAAUACAAUAUCUAAAGAACAUGCUGAGACAACAGCAAAAAACUUGCAGCUUGUAACUACUGCAGUUAAACAGUCAGUAACAGCACUGCACAAAGCCGAAACUUUGCCACGUGAUCAAGUACAAAAGGCAACAAUUACAGAAGAAUUUACAGUAAAAGCCACAACAGACGAAAAACCUGUCAUUCAAUCACAAACAGAAGCAGUGCUAUCAACAACACUGACAAAUGCAGCAGUUACGGAGCCAACAAAAAUCACAGUAUUACAAGCACCAACAUCAGUAACAAAUAUCGGAUUACAGACACCGUUAGCAUCUAUCAGAAGCAUGACCGUACCAGAAAUAUCAACAACAACGAUCAGAACAUUAGCAAAUCUAGAAAAUAUGUUAGCAACACCAACCAAUAUAGAUAUUGCGGUGGAAGGAAUAAUGUCAGAAACAGACGUAGUUAGAGCAACUUCAUCUGUAAUGACAGCAGUAUCUUCACAAGCACAAACAAUACCAUCGCCAUCAGCAACAACAGACACAUCAGUAAUACCAUCAUUAACAACACCAACACUAUCAAUGACAGAAACAACAUUAAAUGUGCUGUCAUCAGAAAUACCAUCCCAUUUAGCAAAGAUAUUUACAAAAACAACCGUAAUACCAACAUUGCUACCAUCAUUACCACAUUUAGCGGUAGAAACAAUGUCAGUAACAGAAGCAACAACAACAAGCAAAACAAAUUCAAAAACAUCAGUAACUACGUUAGAAACGUUAAUACCAGAUGAAAUUAGUAACAUCAGAAUUAUAAAUGAUUCUAAAAUGCUAGAACGGAAACAGUCAGAAGCAGAGCUUAUUUUUCUUUACACUAUAUGGCGACACGGUGAUCGAGCACCCUUAUCAAUAUAUCCUACAGAUCCAUACAGGGAAUCGACGUGGCCCAAUGGACUCGGCGAACUUACAGAGAUUGGUAUGAGACAAUUAUUUAAGAUUGGACGACGUAUGAAGCAGCAAUACAUUAAUUGCACUCCAUCCUUCUUGUCUAAGAACUAUAACCAUCGAGAGAUAUAUUUACGAAGUACCAAUGUGAACAGAUCUUUAGUCAGUGCAAUGGCACUUGCAGCAGGAAUGUUUAGUAAUGGUAUUGCGGGGAAGGAUUAUCCACGAAUGGAGGACGAAGAAGAAUGGCCUCAUGGAUGGAUACCGAUCCCCAUUCACACAAAGGAUGUCAAGUACGACUACUCAGCAAAUCCAUUCCGACGUUGUCACAGAGCACAAUUUUUAGAGCAACAAGGAUUUGAACUUCUGAUGUAUAUAUCAAAUGUUACGGGGAAUCGAAAACUUAAACCGGAACAAAAUCUCUAUCACGUUUACGAUACGCUAAUUGUUGAACGUUUUCAUAAUUUGAUCCAACCAAAAUGGUUUACGACGCAAAUUGAGAAAGAAAUGAAAGUUCUAAGAAUGGAAUUGAGGAAAUAUAAUGAAUUGAUCCGAUUACGUGGAGGUGCCAUAUUAGCAGAGAUCAUUAAUCGGUUGAUCAAAAAAUGGAAAUGUAUAAAAAAAGCUGAUCGAGAAUGUUUUUGGUACAGAAAAAUCAAAUUUUAUGGACUAUCCGCUCACGAUACAACACUUGCAGCACUGCUAACAGCACUUGAAGCAAAUGUUAAAGAUGCGGAUAUUAAUGGCCCACAAUACGGUGCUACGGCAACCUUUGAACUUUACCGUGUUAAUAAUAAACCAUACAUAAAGUUUUUAUAUUCGAAUAUAUAUUCUGAUGCACCUCGGGCGAUGACUCAUUUAGUGCCAGAAUGUUCCUCGACUUUUGACCUCUGCCCAUUAAGAAAGUUUGUCACAGGACGAAGGCGGUUUUUGCCAGUCAAUAUCAAGAAAGAAUGCAAUAUUAAACGCAAUAGGAUACAAAGAAGUUAA